GAGCGUUUGAAUGUGUAAAGGUCAGCAAUUGGCAAAUUGACAGAGAUGGUACUGUUUUGCUAUCAUAAAUAGCCGAAUAUCAGACGGAAAGGAUGACAGAAGACGCAAAAUACAUCGCAGGUGGCGAAUAGGUGCAAAAACGGAAAUUCUCUAAAAUAGCGUUUGGUCUGCAAUUUAGAUAUGGAACUGAACACUUCAUAUUCGUUUAAUGAAACACAGACAUCUGGUACUGUCAUAUUAUGUAAAGGAUCUGGACAAUGGUUCUUAUUUUUGUCUUCUUCAAUCGUAACGUUUGUUAUUGGUUUAUUCGCGAUACUUAUCUUUCGUUUGGUACGGUAUGCAACAUACAGGACACCAAACCAAAGGAUCCUAUUGACUCCGAAAGACCGUACAUCAAGUGAAGAUAUAUCUUCAAGGGGCUCUAGAACGUCCCCUCAAGAAAAAAUUAAACUGUAUGAUGGUUUAUCAAAUAGCACCAGGAGGAAUGGUUGUACAGACUGUAUAUGGCUGCGGAUACAAGAAAAAACAAGGGACAUUGCUUCUGGGCAAACCCUUGCAGGCAAAUUGGUAGUGACGAUGAGCACGGUAGCCAGCACACUCUCCUUCAUCCUUUACCUCAUUGACGCUACACGCUAUGGAGAGGAUUCCUACUUGCACUUGGAGACAUGCACGCCCUUCUUCCAAAACCCCACCCAGAUUAUUGACUUCAUCCUCAACCUUUAUCUCCUGGCUUAUUUUGUUCUUCGAUUCAUCGCUGCGAGCAAUCGUUUACUAUUUUGGGUCCAAUUGUUCUCGUUCGUCGAUUACUUUACCAUCCCAUGUGGAUUCGUUGGCGUUGUACUAGGAAGAAACUGGUUAGGUCUACGAUUUACGAGGGUCAUGAUCAUAUACCAAAUCCCAAAUGUGCUUCAACAAUGGAAUCUUCUAACGAAUAGCAGAAAUAUUAAGAAGGCAAAAUUCUUCAUGUUGUUCCUAUCAGUUUGGGUAGGAAGCGCUGGGUUCGUUCAUCUGGUAGAGAAUGCUGGAGGACACAAGCUGACCUAUUGGGACUGUGUAUACUUUCUUAUAGUCAGCAUGAGUACAGUUGGCUAUGGAGACAUCUCUUGUAGGACCACACUUGGCAAGAUUUUUAUUGUCAUCUUCAUCGUUAGCGCUAUAGCAUUAUUCACAAGCGUACUACCUGAACUUGUAGAACUUAUUUCGAGCCGGAACAAAUAUGGAGGAACCUACAAAAAGAAAUAUGACAGGCACGUUGUAGUCUGUGGCCAUAUCACGUACGAAACUGUGAGCAGAUUUCUUCGAGAUUUCCUCCAUGGUGACAGGGAAGUUAAAGACAUCAACAUUGUCUUUCUUUCAAAGAAACAUCCAGAUGUCGAAUUGAAAGCACUUAUUAAGAGUCAGUUCACAUAUGUAAAAUAUUACCAAGGCAACGCUAUAAAUGCUGCUGACCUGGAGAGGGUUAAAUUGAAAGAAUGUGAUGCCUGUCUAGUGCUUACAAAUAAACAAUGCAUUGAUCCCGAUGCUGAGGAUGCCGCGAACAUCAUGCGAGUUAUAGCUGUAAAAGACUAUUGUGAGAAAACGAGAAUGAUUGUACAACUCAUGCUUCACAGAAAUAAGAACCAUUUGGUGAACAUCGCCGGGUGGCAUAUGGGGAGAGAUGAAGUUAUAUGUAUGUCGGAAUUGGAAAUGGCGUUCAUUGCUCAAAGUUGUAUAGCACCAGGGAUUUCUACGAUGAUGGCCAAUCUUUUCAUGAUGAUUUCAACUAAGCAUGAUGAAGGAUCCAAACAUCGACGCCGGGAUUCAGGGGACUGUCCAGAAUGGAAGAAGCAGUUUAUCCAAGGUGCAGAUUUGGAGAUUUAUAUGGUGCCUCUAUCUGACACAUUUGUAGGUACACCAUUCCCAGCCAUAGCUGAGAUAUGCUACAAAGAGCUUGGCAUCUUACUUAUUGGUGUUGAGAUAAAGAAGCUAUACGGGACUGAAAUCCUUCUGAACCCCAAUUCCAGGGUAGCCAUUACUACUGAUGUCAAAGCCAUACUUCUUGCAAAUACGUUAGAUGAGGCGAAAAAAGUGACAGAUUAUGGAUGCUCUGUAAAUCGAUUCAUUGGUUCGUUGCACUCGGUUACCGUGACAACGACUUCAGUGACAUCGAACAAAAUAGACGGAGAGGAUAAAAAUGAGAACAGUAAGGCCAGUGAACAAAUAGCACAUCGUCAAACAUCUGAAAUCGAACCCAGGCCAUUAGAUCAUGAUAUAACGACUAAAUCAACUGAGAAUCCAUGUGAGGCUACAGAAGAACUGUUUGAUAUCACUGGAAUGUUCCACUGGUGUCAGCGGAGAACUAUAGAUGAGGCGAACCUGCUGGAUUCACAAAACAAGCACAGUUUAAGCAACAUGAAUGGCCACAUUGUGGUAUGCUUGUUGGCCAAGGCAGAUUCUCCACAGAUUGGACUGGCUAACUUUGUGAAACCUCUCCGGGCAAGCAACUGGAGACGACAUGAGCUAAAAGACAUUUUAAUCAUAGGCCGUUUAGAAUACAUCAAGCAAGAAUGGGCGACAUUACAAAAUUUUCCAAACGUUUAUUUUAUAGAGGGUGACCCCCUAGCCAGGACACUACUUCGAAUGGGCAAGGUGAACCAUUGUAGGAUGUGUGUAGCACUGGCAGCUCCCACAAGAAAUAUUCACGAUGAUCCGCUCCUACAAGAUAAAGAAGUUUUGCUUUGUACUCUCAAUAUAAAAAAGAUGUUGUUUUCAGCAACUAAAAAACUGUCAAUCAAAGAUGCGGACUCAACAUUUUUGGAGGAAAUGCAAUCAUGGACAGUACAAGGGUCUCAGAUUGUACCAAUCCUCACCAAAUUAGAAAACGAUUCAGCUGUUCAAUUCCUUGAACAAGAUGACGAUGAAGAUGAGAGUGAAGAAUUCUACAUGACAAAAGCUUUUGCUUGUGGACGAGUCUUCGCAGUAUCAGUACUUGACUCACUAAUGAGCGCAAUCUAUUUCAAUAAAAAUGUGUUGAACUUGAUCGACUCCUUGAUAACUGGAGGAAGCAUCCCUGAACUUGAUCUUGUAUUGGCCGAGGGUGUCGGGAUGCUACCAGGGUCAAGAAAAAACAUAGAAGAUAGACGCAAUCGCUGUCGUAUCACACAGGUUUCUUUUGAUGAUGAACCUUUACAACAGUUCAAUAUAACAGAGAUGGGUUCCUCAUAUGGGUCACUUGUUCUAUGGGCUCUAAAAAAACAUGGCAUACUUUGCCUAGGGUUGUAUCGUCUUCUAAAUAAUAACAACAACAUAUCUUCAUCAGAAGUAAAACACAAAAGAUACGUCGUUACAAAUCCCCCAAUGGACUUCAUGCUUUACAAAUCAGACAGGGUGUAUUGUAUCGAACCCUACUAUAAGCAGCAGCAUGAAACCAGGAAGUGAAAAAAACAAAAUAUGCAGUAUUUACCAAUUGCCCAAUUAUUCAUCCCUGAAUCUGUGACUUUAGAAGUAUAAGACUUGUAUAUUAUAUACCGUAACUGUACAAACCUUACCAAAUGUAUAUACUUUACCAAAAUUGAUAAUUUAAAUGUAUAUAUUGAACAAAGUUA